AUCCCUUCGCAAUCUCCACCUUCCGGCUCCCUCGCCCUCGACGGAAAAUAUUCCUGCUCCAACCGAGAGCCUCUCCCAAGGGGGCCGGACAGGUGGGAGACCCGCGUCGCGCGUGUGCUUGAACUUGGCCAGCCCAGCCCCCAGCCGCCCCCCAUAAGUGGUGCUUGUCAUUCUUGUCUGAGAAGAAGGCAGGCGGUAGAUCGGGGGCGCCUCGCUCGGCCCCCGAGCAGCACCUGGCGCUUUGUUGUGGGCAACCGGGUUACCUGGCGAAGCGGACGCUGCCAUAGGAACUUUGCUCAGCUGCGCCCCAGGCGAAGGGGGCGGGCGCGGAAAGCGGGCUCCCCCUGGGCGCAGCGCGGCGAAGGGACGCCCUUCAGAACCGCCGGGGAGGGCGCACGACGCAGCGGCUUCUCGGGCGGAGCGGCGGCCGGAGCGCGGGCGCCUUCGUGGUCCCCCGGCAGCUGGCGAGUCCUAAGAAGGGGCCGAAGAUCGGGCGAGCCAGGGCAGCGGAGAGAGCUUAAGGCACUAUGGAUACCUCACUGACUCUGGACUGAUGUCUUCGCCACCUGGGGAUCUGUACCGCAUAUCUUUAAGAGUACAACCACUGGACAAUGAAUGUGAGAUCAUGCACUAUGAGCCAUUGGACAACAAGUACUCCUCACAGCAGGCCUGGUGUGGUCAAUGGACAGCAGAUCCCAUCUCUCAGAGUUCAUGCAGGAACUCCUUGCUCUUCGUCCAGUGGUAGCACCCCAAGCCCAGCUAUGGGAAACCUAUCUACAAACUCCCAGUUAAAGACAUCUCUUGGAGGAGGCGUUGCUCCUCAGAGCAAUGUGACCCAGAGCAAUAUUCACUUAAGUCCCAGGAGGCAAAUGGUUACAAAUGGGAAGGCCCUCUACCAUACCCCACAACCUCCAGGGCCGCCUGCGCCACAGUUUUUGAAGCCAAAGCAGCAAGAGCAUGGAAAGAGUUUAAUGACAAGCACAGUUAAAGGGGGUCUUGCCUUUGGGACUCGGUGCAAGUCAAUCGGAAAAAGUAGCUGCAACAAAUUAAUCGUCACCAGCAGUCCAAUGAUGGUUCAGCGACUGGGACUUCUAUCUCCUCCUGCCCAAAAGGUCUCAACGGCAUGCAACCAAAUCAGCCCUAGCUUACAGAGGGCUGUGAAUGCUACCAACUCGAAUAUACCUCCAUCUGAUACAAGAUCCCUUCUGUCCCGAGAAUCUUUGGCCUCCACAACCCUGAGUCUGUCUGAAAGUCCAUCAAUCCAGAGUGUCAAGCAAGAAUGGCUUCAUGGCUACAGGAUUUUUCCCUCUCUUCCUUCCAGCCAAGGCUCCCCAAAUGGCACGGACCUUGGGGACAUCACAAGUGUUACAUCUGGAAUGUCCAUGUCCAACAAUGUUUCUAGCUCAUUACCAUCUUACUUGUUUGGUGUGGAAAAUAAUUGCUCUCCUUAUCCUAGUCCUCACUAUUCUUCAACCAGGUCUCAUUCAGCCAAAAAGAGGGCCCUCUCUCUGUCUCCUUUGUCUGAUGGAAUCGGAAUUGACUUCAAUACAAUCAUCCGCACAUCCCCCACUUCUCUUGUUGCUUACAUCAAUGGCUCCAGGGCAUCUCCAGCAAACAUCUCCCCUCAGCCUGAGGUCUAUGGACACUUCUUGGGAAUAAGGGGAAGUUGUAUUCCUCAGACUUGCUCUAUUCCAAAUCCUCAAAAAAGACUUCUUGUCGCUAAUGGCAAUGUUGCCCUUCCAAGUUACAGUGAAAGUGGGAACACUGAAUACCAGCGCAUGCAACAGUUGGAACAAAACAGCCUACAGCCAACAGUCACUAACAACAUGGUGGUUCAACAAGGAAUAUCUCUGCUAGACAGCCAAUCUGUGGGCAUUUUAAAAAGUGGGCGUGCCAAUGGUUUUUCUGGGAACACAAUGGACAUGCCACCUACUUCUCCAGUGGCUCCCCUUGUUCUUCCUCCAUCCCAUGGUCCACCUCCCCCAUACCACGCGCAUCAGCAUGACCUUAUAAACCAUCCCCACCAGAUUUCCUUAGCAGCAUCUGUGCAAGGCCCUCUCUUAGACGAAGAAGGCGAACUGGAUGAGUUUAAUGGCAAGCACUGCUGUUGCUGGAUAGAUUGCAGUGCUACUUAUGACCAGCAGGAAGAUCUUGUGCGGCACAUAGAAAAAAACCACAUAGACCAGAGGAAAGGAGAGGAUUUCACUUGUUUUUGGGCUGGGUGCCCUCGGAGAUACAAGCCAUUUAAUGCUCGUUACAAACUACUGAUUCACAUGAGAGUGCAUUCAGGAGAAAAGCCAAACAAAUGUACGUUUGAAGGCUGCAAGAAGGCCUUUUCUAGACUAGAAAACCUCAAGAUUCACUUAAGGAGCCACACGGGAGAAAAGCCUUACCUUUGCCAGCAUCCAGGCUGUCAAAAAGCAUUCAGUAAUUCCAGCGACCGAGCCAAGCAUCAAAGGACUCACCUGGACACGAAACCUUACGCUUGCCAGAUUCCUGGAUGCACCAAACGAUACACAGAUCCGAGCUCUCUAAGGAAGCACGUGAAGGCCCAUUCCUCCAAAGACCAGCAGGCUCGGAAAAAGUUGCGUUCAAGUAUAGAGCUUGACCAGGACAUUCUCAAUGACUGUCUCACGAUCCAGCCUCUCCAACCUCCUGCAUCUCCCCAGGGCACUUCAGAAAGUACCGUCAGACAAUCUCCAGGACCUGUGCAUGACAUUUACACAGCAGCCCUGUUCUCCAACACCCACGCCAGUCAAAAUGGAGCUGCUCCGGGCUCCCUGCCCCCAUCACACUCGGUGAGCCACGCUUCUUCAGGGUACAAUGUGCAUGGCAGCCCCCACAACCCACCAACCCAGGUGCCCCCUCUCACAACAGGGGACUCAGAAACAGAGAGGUAAGGCCACAAAUGGGGGUAUUUUUUCU